AUGGAUUUAUCGUCUCUUCAAAAUUUUUCAAGAGAACCCUUCUCAAGUCAUCUUCCGAGAACAUGCCCGGACGCAGAGUUACAGUCGGAAUGCAAUGAUGCUUGUAGGAUCGACUACAGCAGAUGUCGACUUCUCUGCGAAACUGAGUAUUGUCUCUCAAUCUGCGAUCGGGAAUACGAAAAUUGCCGAGCCAACUGUCCAUGCGGAGAAAACUGCAAGGAAGGAUGUUUGAAUUGCGAGCACCCUCUUUGCGAAAACGCGAAUGAGCUCAGCUCUGUUUUGAUUAUUUUCGCUGAGGGUUCGGAGCAGCCUGCGCUUGCCAAUUUUCAAAGCUUCACCCAAGAUUUAAAAAUUUCUUUGAACAACAAUGGUCCUGAUAAUGAGGAUUUUCACUCUUCUUCUGGAUUUUUAUACAAAGGCCAAAAUUACUUGUUCGGGGGUUGGUUGGGCGACGAUUAUCGCAAUUAUGGACCUCAUAUUCUUGAUGGCUGCGAUAUUCUGAAAGCUUCAGGAGCGGCGUUUGAUUUCAGCUGCUGGUACGGAGCGGUUGGAUACUUGCCGACUGAGGACGAUCCACAGGCGUACAUAAUGCUUUACCACGGAUACGAGAACAUCGUUCAAGGCUAUGACGGCUCGACAAUCCUUGAGACAAACUAUCCAUCACCAGCGGAUGCUCACUAUUUCACCGGUGGACAUGUUCCUGUUUAUGACAAGAACCCAAUCCUCAUAGCUGGAGACAGAACUAACUCUGUUGAACGCUACAGCCCGACUAGUUCUAGCUGGAUAAAAGAUGAAGGCCUUGAAUUUCCUGAAUACGAAGCCUACUUUUAUACCGCUGUUUGGGGAGACUUCGGAGUGGUCAUCUUUCCCGGCCACACUGAGAGUACAAAAGUAUGGCGACUUAACAACGACGAGUGGACUCACAUUGGAGACGUUCCAUGGGAUCCAUACAUUGAAGGCAAAAGUGUCGCUUAUGGCCGAUAUUCUGCUCGAUCCGUGAUGCUUUCAAAUAAUGAGGCGAUGGUUCUUGGCGGUAGAUUUUACUGGAAAUUUACAAAAUUUACCUUCAACGAAGAUUUCACUUCAAUCGAAGGCGAGGAUCUCGACAACUUACCUUCACUCGAAUACUGGGACGAUCCCUUUGCCAUUCUCGUUCCUGACGGCUACUGUAUGCUUUGA